AUGUUCGUUCCAGAGAAGUGUCCGAGCGCUGAUCACGUGGCUAUUUUAUACAUGCGCAGGCCUGGAGGCUUCAUUCCUGGGGAAGAAUUUGGAGCGACGACAACAUCCAACCCAUGGAAUUGCCCUGGUGAUAGCUACGACAGCUUCCAUACCGCCACAAUGGUAGAGAAACACCCUCCCUUCAAUGUGCGAUCCUCUGCUAAUGCCCUCAGGUUUUCCUUCUGGGGAUCAACUUUCCCGAACACCGCCUACUUAAGGUAUGAAGGCAACCAGUACCCAUUGUAUAGCACCACGGAUACGGUGGCUAACUCUGCUUCAAGCACUCCCUCGAGACCUUCUACGGCAUCGGAACUCAACACUCUACCCGAAUCUUAGCAAAGUUCUCCAUCUUUCAACGAGCGACGGUCGGUUCCAUACAUCCAAAAACAAUUACUGCCAUUACUGCCGAACUCUCCAAUAUGACCAUCGAGACGGAUCUAAGGAAAAAGGUUCGAGAAAACAUUGCGCGAUUAAAAGAUAUGGGUAGUUAUCGUGGAAGGCGGCAUGCCAUGGGUCUGCCAGUGAGGGGUCAGAGAACCAGAAGUCAAGUAGGUUUAUUGUGUCUUGGGGGAUAGUAUUAGGUGCUAACGACUCAUAGAUCUUGACGGCGAGAAAGCUGAACAGGACGGACCGUUUCGGAUAGUCUAUGCUGCGACGGACAUAUGUAUAAACAAAGUUCUGCAUUUUCGGCGUUGGGUACUGUACAUUGCAUUUGCCGGAACGAAUAUACCAAGAUUCGAGGUCGAAGAUACUUGUUAUUGUUCAGGUUCGAUAACAGGGACCGUGAUUCCAAUUGAACAGGAUUGGGAGCUCGCUGGGUUCAAAUCUCAGGAAUCAAGGUUCUCGCAGAACACUACUGGACGCUUUUCCCGCGAGUCCCCUUAAAAGGCAAUAUUGCAAAGGGCUCGAUUGUUGAAGGGCUGCUCUCACAACUGUGAGAGGGUGGUGAAAAGUGAUACUUUCGGUAGGAAAUAGCCAGCGCUUGCAGUGAUGAACCCACGUCUUUCUACCACUCGAUUCCAUCUCACUGUCUUUGCUAGCUGCCAGA